UACAUUUCAUUUGAUGAUGGAUUCAAAAUGAUAAAAUUUGAGUUGUUAUUUCAAAUUCUCAAAAUUUAUACUAAUAAUUCUUGGAUUUAAAAUGAAAUUCAAAUUCAAAUUUCCAAACAGGUUAUUUGUUCAAAUUCAAUUUUUUUAAAUAAAUAUAGAUUCUCAGACGGGCGAUUAACAUGUCACUCUCUCAAAUUAUGGAACUUAGUUACCAUCUCCGUCUACCCAUUAAAUAUGGGUCUUUUUAGUAUGUGUUAGUAUGUGUUCGUGUGCACACACUAACAACUAUUUAUUAUUUUGAUGGAGGAAAUAUAUUGAUGAAAAUAUUUGUGUAUGCAGGGGUCAUCAUUAUUAAUUAAAUUGUGCCGAUUAAAAUUCACCACAUACUUAAAAAGUGGUUGAUUCGUAAAUUAAUUACCUCGCGCCUAAUAUAGAUUCUAAAUCCAACUAAGUAAAGAUUAACUAUAAUCAUUUGACGCUAGUUCCCACGGUCGUGCUUCACAAGACUUUUAAUGACUUCUUAUUUGUUAUACCUACAAGGCUACAACCAAUACAAUAAAAAUGACUUUAUUAAUGUUUUGCAUUGUUGAAUUUGUUUAUACGUCUUGUUCAAAUAACAAACGAGUCCCUACUUUUACCCUACUUGAUUUAAAAAGAAAAUGGUCGUUGUCUGUCAGGAAAAAUAUACUCCGUCCCAUCCAAUUUUUUAAUUGGGUUUGAGCAUAUAUGAAGGUUAAGAAAUAUUUAUUGGAUAAUGAAAAAGAGAAUGAAAAGUAGAAUAGAGAGAUAGUUGAGUAAAAAUAGUGUAAAAAAAAAAGGAAGUGGAAAAGUGAUGGGACUUAUAAACUAUUUUAGAAAAUUUUGUAAUAUAAAAAAAUGUGCGAGACGUCCAAAAAUAAAAACCGUGAUAAAUAUGAUCGAACGGGGGAGUAAUUAUUUUCUCAUUAUAAAAAGAGAGAAAGUCGGUAUCACAGCUGUGCAACAACCGCGACAAAUGCAGCAACAGUGGAUGUAUUCCCUAUUUAAAAAAUGUAUAAAAAAUAUAUUUUAAUAAUUUAUUUUCAAUAUUUUUUAUUAAUAUUUGUAUUUAUAAAAAAAAAUAUCUAUUUAUAAAGAUAUAAACGGCCUAACUUUUUAGUGUACUGCAUAACAGUAUGUUGUGCUGAUUGAACAAAUAGAAAGUUGCGCCAAUUUGUUACUGUAUGUUCUUGCAUUUUAUUACUCAGCUCUGUCCGACGGCGACUCCCUCUCGUUUCUUUAUCAUUGAUUAAUAUUAUUUGUAACAUUUUUCUAUCAUUAAUUAAUAUUAUUUGACACUUAUUUUAAAGUAGAUAUGAAAAUAUAAUCUAACAACUUUUUCAAGACUACUUUUAUAAAUGUCUAAAUAUUAAUUUUGUGUUCAAAAAAUAAAUAUAUAUUUUACACAAAACUUAAAAUACUUACAAAGUAUGGUCCCAGAUUCAACAAUCCAGAGCACCGGGAGAGUUAGCUCACUCGACUUGCAUUUGCAUACGACACUUGCAUACAAAGAAGAACAUGCACAUAAGAUAAGCUUAUUCGUUCAUGUUACUGCCACCUCAUAUGUACCUUUUUUUUCCUCUUAACUUGCCUGUACUCAAUAAUUCAUUUUUGGCUAACUAACUGUUACUGUAUAUUUUACUUCUCAUCUCAUCUCUUUGUAUUUUUUAGUUCAAAAUCUUUACUAUUUUGUGUUUCGCAUUUCGCAGGCAAUUUGAUUUACAUUAUUUUGUCGGUACAAGUAAAAUUUAAAAAAAAAAUGUUGAAUAUACGAUUAAUAAUAUUAAGAGGGUGUUUGGAUGUGAUUUUAAGCGAUGUUUUGGGAUUUAUAAGUUAGAAACAACUUAUUCUUGUGCCUGUUUGUUUGUCAAAGGCUUGUGCCUCCUUUUGCCAAGAAGACUUCUGUUUUUCUUCACCUAUUUGUGUAAAAAACUAGAAACACUUGUAAAAAAGUUGAGAAUGCUAAUUUUUGUUGCAAGACUUCUACUUUUUUUUCAAAACAGUUUAAUCACUUAUAAAUUUUUAAUUUACAUCUCACUUCUAGCCAUUUCUUUACUUUAAGUAAGAAAUACUUUUUUUAACUUUAGCUAAACAGCCGCUAUAUGUGUGAAGAAGUUACAAGUCAAUUUUCCAUCUAUAAGUCAGAAUUUAAAUGAUUGAAAAUUAUAUUUUUAUUUUAAAAAUUUUGAUUUCACAAAAAUUGUAAACAAUCACUUUUUGAUUUAUAUUAUUUUAAUAUUAUAUUAAUAUAUAUUAUACCUAAUAAUUAUAAAUAAUAAAAAUUUGUUCAAACACAAAAAUCAAAAUUUAAUUUUCAGUUAUAUGUACCUUCCCCUUUAUAAGUAACAAACGCUUCUUUAACCAAGUAAAACAGCCAUCUACAAUCAGCCAACUCAAGCAGAGAGAACCUGCUGUUGAGCGGGUGUCAACUUAAAUCCCACAUUUGAAAGAUAAAAAAAAUUUAUCUUGAAUAUAAGCGGCCAAAGGACUCCAUUAGUACGAAGCCUUUUGAAAGGAGCCUGAAAGCAAAUCCGUGUGGGUUCCGCCACGGCGGACAAUAUGAUACUAAUACCGAGUUACGGGCCAACACCUAGUGCUGGAAAAACCGACUUGGAGAAGAGAUCAGCCUCUUCUAUAAAUGCAUUGAAUCUAGAGGAUCAACGGACACCAACCAACAGUACUGUUCUUCAUCUUGCAUGCCAGUACGGGAGCAUAAACUGUGUCCAUCAUAUAUUAAAUCACCAUGGGGCAGCACUACUUUUAAAGACCAAUUCAAGAGGCGAGACUGCGCUUCACCUUGCAGCAAAACAAGGGCAGCUUAACGUGGUUCAGGCACUCGUUGAUAGAGCUACGGCUUUGGCUCAACAACAUAAUAAUGUACCAAACCAUCCGGCAUCAAUGAUGGUGCAGAAUCUGAUGAGAACUGCGGACGAGGAUCUUGAAACCGCCUUGCACGGGGCUGUACGAUACAAUCGCAUCGAUGUUGUUAGAUUUCUGGUAGAAAGAGAUCGAAGCUAUCUACAUCCACAGAAUAAGUACAAGGAAACUCCACUGUACUUGGCUUCUAUUAGGUACUAUCCUCAAAUAAUUGCUACCAUUCUCGACAAUUGUGAUUGGCCAAACAUUAGUGGUAUUGCCGGUGGGAAGACUGAUUUGUAUGCCAUGUGUGGUGGUCCGGAAGGAAGAACAGCUUUGCAUGCUGCAGUCUUGGAUUACAGGAACCCCGGUGGACAUGAAUGCGUGCAACUUCUUUUGGAUUGGAACAUAGGUCUAUUAAAGGAAGUAGACGAUUAUGGUUGGACGGUAUUUCAUUACGCGGCACAUAAUGAUCUUUAUACAAUAAUUGAACUAAUAGUUGGAUUUUUAAUUGCUGAUGAAGACAAAUAUGUGGCGUACCAUAAAGACAAGAUGUAUGGAAGAACGCCUCUACAUAUAGCAGCAUAUACUGGAAAUGUGGGUGUCAUGAUUACAUUUGUCCACCAUUUUCCAGAUUGUUGGGAAAUUACAGAUGGAAGUGGCCGAAACAUACUGCAUAUUGCGGUGGAGGAAGAUCGAAAGGAGGUUAUUGAUUAUAUUUUGUUCCGCGGUUUUAAAGCAAGCAAUAACCUUUUAACUAAAAGGGACAAUAGCGGAAAUACACCACUCCACCUAAUUACCAAGCUGGGAAUUGCGGUUCCUAGGCUCAUGCGAAUAAGAGUGAGAGAUAGGAUCAUGGGAAUAAGAGGGAUUGACCCGCGUCCCUUAGGGAUUUUAAUGAGAUGGUUGCGUUCUAAGUUAAUGGAUAGAAGAAGAGCAGAGUGGGAAGUUGAUUGGGAAGUACUAGAUUCCAACAAUUACACCCCCUUAGACGUACUGCAUUUGGAAGAAGAAAAACAUACGUUAGCCAAUCAGCUCUUGGUUAGAACAUCACUAAUUGAGGCCAAUGUUAGAAAGCAUUGGUGGUUGUGGCGUACACUCAGAGAGCCAAAUGCUGAGAGUGGGAAAAGAAUUGUGAAACAUACUGAAAUAACUAACAAUCUAGAAGUCGAGGAGCACAGGAAAGCGAUGAACACCCAUAUGGUAGUAUCCGCACUCAUUGCAACAGUGGCGUUUUCAGCACUAUUCAACGUGCCUGGGGGCUUUGAUGGGAGCAAAGGAUCCCCGGUUCUUUUAAGAAAAACUAGGUUUGCCUUUUUUAUAAUCUUUGAUGCAAUUGCCCUGAUGUUGUCAGUUGCCUCGUUAUUACGCUACUUCGUUACAUCAUCUAACAAAGAUGCCAAUCAAGUAAAGCUCAUAGUCCAGACCACAGCAACAUCGAACUUUUUGGCGAUUGUCACAAUGAUGAUAGCUUUCGUUGGUGGAACUAGUGCCAUGCUAGCUGACAAUUCGAUACUGGCCAAUGUUGUGGGUGUACUGACUCUUUUCUUCUUAAUCGGUGCCAUUCCUAUAUCCGUUUAUAUUGGAAGGGGCGGAGUGCGUAGUAGAACUUUACUUCCUACAAGUAAUAGUGUGUGAUUCCCAACUACGUGAUGUAACAUUGAAAUAAUAGUUUUGUGAACUCUGAAUUGUAUUAAAUUGCUUUCUAUAUAUAUAUAUAUAUAUUUUUUUUUA